AUAAUGAAGUGUAACUGGAUAUCAUACGAGGUUCGCUGCUCUGCAGUCGGGGCAAGAAAGCUGUGUCCACAAAAAGUUUACAGCGUAGCUAAAAACGAAAAAAAGCAUCAUAUACGUCAACAUGAAGUUUUGCUUGAGGAUUGUUUUUCUACUUUUUCUUGUUACUGGAGCAUUAACACAGGACGCAUUGGACCUAGACCUAGCUGAUGCCCUUGAUGACAAAGAUGUGCCACCUACUAAGAAAACCAAGAAACCAAGUCCUGGAGAUUUUGGUUUGGAUCUGGAGGAUGCUCUGGGUCCAGACCCCAACCCAAAACCUGACAAACCUGAUGUCAAACCACCAAAAAGUGGAGGAGGUCGUGGAACAUUUGGUGACUCAGACUUGUUGGAUGUUAGCGGUGGGGACUACAAACCAGAUGGAGGCCGCUCAGGAGGAGGCCAUGCAGUGGACCCUGGCUACGAUUCUCAUGGUGGUGCAGAUGAGCCACAAGAAGCUGGACCUGGGCAGAUUGCAGGAAUCGUCAGCGCCAUAGGAGUCGCACUGGUGGGAGCAGCAUCCAGUUACUUUGCUUAUCAGAAGAAGAAGCUCUGCUUCAAGCUGCAGGGGGGUGCAGACCCAGAGAGUGGGAAAGGCCAGCAUGGUACACACUCUGAUCCUCAAGUUCUCAGCAACCUGCUCAGGACAAACUAGAUGCCCUCUUUUCAUGCACAAGACAAGCACAGGAAUUUUAAUACAACACAGAAUGUCAUUCAACUUUCAGUCAGCUCUCUUUGGUCCAGAAGAUGAGAUGGGUUAUUCUACAACCUGAUUAGUUUAAACCUUAAAUACAACUACAGGGUUUGCAUUUAUGUGCUUUGUGUGUAACUACUGUACACAUGAAUAUGGUGUUUUGUUUUGUUUUCCUUUCUGUCAGAUCUGACACUAUUGUGAUACUAUAGUGUGUUACGUUUUACAUACAUGGGCGGGGUUUAGUGUGACCUUCUAGCAGACCCCCCCCCCUAAAACCGACAUCUAAGAAGGAUUGAACAUACCUUUCAUUGUUUUUCAACUCAGUGUUGAUGUAGAAUACUUUAUUUUGCACCUUAAAUCUUAAAAGUUUGGUUCACCCAAAUUACAUAAGUAAUAACCAUUAAAUGCUGGUUCUAAUUACAUCAGUGCAACAAAGUGAUGUCACACAUACCGCUCUACUGCUUGCACUUUUCAUCACAAAUGUGUUCAUUCACUCAUUAAUGCCAACAACGUCUACUUUACUGUUUCUUUUUUAAUUGCUGUCAAAUCAACUAACACCUCCUUCAGUUUAAAUCCUGCCAAGGAACAGGUGGGCUUUAAUAUGAAAUACAUGUUUCAUGAAGUGUUGAGUUUCAUUGACAGUACAGCAGUUAAAUAAAACGGCAAAAAUGAAUGAAAAUGUUAAAAGAGAGAGCGGCAAGGUGGUGAGUAUGAUGUGACUGUUGUACUCAUGGAAUUAGGGCUAUGGGAAUGGACAUGAUGCUCAAUUUAUCACCAAAACCUGUAAAGGAGGAAAUGUCAAGUUUACAUCACUGGGAAAUUCAUUACUAAAACUGGGGAAAUUACAACUGUAGAAAUUUUAGUGCUUCAAAUAAAGGUAAAUUCUUUCUGCACUAUGAGAGAUUAUAGAAAUUACACAUCAAUAGCAUAACACAAAAGUGUCUGUCUUUGCUGUAAUUGACCUAUUUCACAAUGAUGUCAGAUAGUAAAGUGGCUAGUUGAUAACCAUAACGUUAAUACAGCGUAUUAAAAGAUCUUAAUCUCAUUGAUAUUUCCUGAAUGAAUAACUAUAGUUGAAUUAUCUAACCAAGUACAUUAGCGGCUGUUAAGCUUUAAUGGCCGUUUUUGGCAGAUACAGUAACUUAAUGUGUGGGUAUGCUAACAUUACAGUUGUCAAUUGAAUACCACAUCAGAUACAUCCCAUAUUAAAACAUCUUAACAGUUAUGCUCUUAGAAAAUGUAGCAUUAUCAGUCACAACAUUACUAAAAUAAUAUUAAAUACAAUCUGUACAUCCUACUCUGUCUUACUGCUGUCAUUUUGCCAACAAGCCACCUAAAAGAUCCCAGAAUGCAACACACUGUUUACUCUCUGAUGUCAUUAUGAAAUAGAAUAGUUUAAUCCAGCAGAAGGAGUUUUUAAUCUAAAAUGUCGUGAGCAUGUGGAGGUUAAGAAACACAAGAUUGCGCAGUAUAUUACAUGUAAACGCAACAUACCCUAUAAGCAGGAGCUUUUUUCUUGUUUCAGUAAUAUCAGUUCAUAGUCUUCUUCUCUCAAAGCUGCACUAAUUAAUAUUUUUAUAUUAAGAGAUUGAAUGACUAUGUUAAAGGUGUUGCUUGUAGUAUUAAACCCACUAUUAGUUCAGCAUUUUGUUUUCCAGCCCAUUAUCAAAACUAGCAACUACACUAGUUGUUGAACAUAGCGGAGUAUUUAGCAGCUGAAGAAUGAAAUAUUUUUCUCAGGUGUUGGUAGGGAAAAUGGUUUUAUUACUCACCAUCUCUUUUUGUUUGCCAUUGCAUGAAACACUGUCAACCUCAAUUCAGACUGCUUUGUGUUAUCCAAGUUGAUUCACACAGGCUUGCCCAUUUAUCAUCGGUCUAUCCAAGUCACAACUGAGCACAUCAGGUAUCAUAAAAUUAGAACUAUUGCAUCAGGAGAUUAAUGUUACAGAAUUGUUAUCGUAUAUCAAAAUGACUUGCUUUGAGCUUUUCAAUAUCAACAAUCAGGAUCUCUGUUUUGAAUGUAAUUUGUAUUCAAACCUGUCUGUUUUACAAGCAUAAGCCUUAUCCGUGUAUAUUAAAUCUGAUAAUUAGAUGAAUGUUCUUUUAUGAGUGGAUUUAAAGUGUAUGUACGUUUUGAAUAAAGUGCUAUUGUACAGUUUAUGAAUGUUUUGUCAUUUUGCCAUCACCUGCUUUAUUAAUUACUAAUCCUUGUUUAAAAUAUGUAGCUUUGACAAUGUGAUGACAGAUUGCAUCAUGUGUUAAUAUUCUAGGUUUUUCUUACCAAGUACAAGCCUAGAGUAUAUUUGUUUUUUAAAUGGUAUUAAACAAGAUAUGAUUGUAUCAAACAUGA